AUGGUAGAGCACCCUUGGACGAUCUGGCGGGCAGGUCGAGCAGCAUCACUGCUCUUCGCCCUUGCCCUUGCGGCGACAGUUUUGCUUUACCUAGUCAGGAACCGUAGGCGCAUCUACGGGUUAUGGUACCUCGUGCGCGGGCCCCAGGUCAUUGACAAUGCCUACGCCAAGGCAGAGGGAAAGGCGUUCAAGGUCGCGACGCCAUCCAACGACCACCUGCUCGUCACGUCGGAUGACCUGAUCCGAGAGCUCAUCGAUGCUCCGAUACAGCAGCUCUCGCUCCAUGCGGUGGCAAAGGAGAUCUUGCAACCCAAGUACACCAUGUACGGCUUCGAAUGGCAGGAUCAGCGAGGCGUCGAGGGCACCGGCUUUGUUCGAGCUCUCAGGAGCCUGCUCACGGCCCAUUUGCCGUAUUUCCAGCCCACGCUGCAGAGGAUUAUCGAGAACUCGUUCUCGAGAGAACUCGAGCACCCCGGGGCUGAUGAGAUGGGAUCCACGGAGAAUUCAGGAUUCGCACAAGUGCAGCUUUUCCCCUUCAUCAAGAAGAUCGUGACCGAGGUCAACUCGUUCAUCUUCUUUGGCGAAGAGCUCUCAAGAAAUGCCGAGUUCAGACAAGCAGCGCUCGAGUUUCCGCAGACUGUCGUGUUUGCAGCCGAGCUUCUACGCAUCACGCCCAUCAAGGCCUUGCGUCCACUCGUCGCAGCCGUGGCAACCCAGCAACACCGAGCAGCCAAGACACUGUUCCGCCAUUUAGAGCCCAUCGUCAAGCGACGACUGGCUGCCCGGGCUGAGCUGCAGUCGGACGGGUCGGGUCGCACGGCCGAGAAUACGAACAAGGACUGCAUGCAAUGGCUGAUUGACACAUCCCCGCGCAAGAAUCCGUGGUCGCCUGCGCGGAUGGUGGGUGAGAUCAUGGCGGUCUGGUUUGGUUCGGUCCAUCAGCUCGCCAUGACCACCACGUACGCCAUUUACGACAUGUGUGUCCACCCCGAGUAUGUCGAGCCACUGCGGUCGGAGCUGCAACGCUUGCAGCACAAUGCGAGCGGGCUGGAUAAGCUCCCGUUACUCGACAGCUUUAUCAAGGAGUCGAUUCGCUGCAACAAUUCGGAUGCUACCACGGAGGAUUCCGAUACUGUCACUGGCCGACGCAAAGCUCUCGCGCCCUACAUCUUCCAGGACGGCUCCCGCCUGCGUGAGGGAGACUGGGCCUGCGUCCCUCAGAGGGCCAUGAUGAUGGACGGGUUGCGGUACAGCCACGCCGACACGUUUGAUGGCUUCCGCUUCGCGCGCGCCAAUGAGGCCCUGCGGCAGGGCAUCACACCCGACGAAGUGCCGGACCGAGCCCCGUCCAGCCUUACCGAUUCCACCAUCGACUGGCCGAUUUGGGGGUUUGGGAAUACCGCAUGUCCCGGGCGGUUCUACGCAUCCCUGGUUCUGAAGCUGAUCCUCGUCCACAUCCUCGAGGAGUGGGAGUGUGUGAUGCCCGACCCGUCCGCGCCUCGGUGUCGAACGUGGCGGUCGAGCAUCGUACCCCGCAGUACCACCGUGGUAUCGUUCCGGCGUCAGCAGGGGCAUCGAGGGGAGGUUGUGCGCUGA